AUGGCUGCGCCCAAGAUCACCCUCUAUGUUGACAUCGUCAGCCCCUUUGCCUACAUCGCCUACCAUGUGCUAAGAAACUCCCCUGUUUUUGCAAAAUGCACCACGACGUAUGUCCCUGUCCUGCUCGGGGGGAUUAUCCAGGCUACGGGGAACGUCCCUCCAAUCCGUAUCAAAAACAAGGAUAAAUGGAUCAACAUGGAGCGUUUGCGAUGGUCAAAGCUACUGGGAGUUCCCAUUACUGAGGCUAUGCCAGACGGUUUUCCCGUCUUUACUCUAGCUGUCCAGCGGGCUCUCUGUGCCGUUGCAGCCGAUCACCCUGAAAAAUUGACCGGCUGCAUUGAUGCGUUAUACAAUGCACUAUGGGUGAAUAGGGACUCAACUAUCAUCAAGCCGGAAGGCUAUGUACCUGUGCUGGAGGCUGUGAUUGGCAAAGAAGCUGCUAUCAAAGUGGCGGAGAAGGCAACUGCUGCCGACAUGAAGCAGACGCUGGUAUCAAACACGGAACGGUCCGUAGAAUCCGGUGCGUUCGGCUUACCGUGGAUGGAGUGCACCAAUUCAAAGGGUGAGACAGAAUCUUUCUUCGGUGUUGAUCACCUUGGACAGGUUACCGCUUUCUUGGGCUUGGAUGGCACCCUUGGAAAAGGUUUUAAAGCGCUACUAUAG